CCCGUGCGAGUGGAGGCGUGGACGCACCUUUUGUUCGCUCGCGCGACUCCGCACGCUCUUUCCUGGGACUGCCUACGCGACAAAGCAAUCCGUUGUUUGCGACACGCCAUCUCUACACAAACCGUAUACAGCAUCUCCAUCCACCCCGGCCGUGUCCAUUCUGACAAUACAGCGUAGUCUGUCUUUGAUUUGCAGCCAUGGCUGACGACGCUGAGCUCGCCUUCCUGCAGGGCCAGACCGAGUAUGACCCAACGGCCACCUGGUCAAUGACUGACGCGCAGGAGCCCGCCGCCGAUGACGACGACGACGACGACGAGUACGAUCCGACCAACACAUACUCUCCGCACGUCUCCGACCAGUCUGCGUCGAUGCCCGAGUCUGCGGUCAACUCACCUCCGCCAGCCGAGAACAACGGCGACCAAGUGUCGAUGCCGAUGCACGCCGUCGUCUCUACCGAGGCUUCUGCCGCCCCGACGCCGACACUGGCGAAGCAGCCGCGCACCGUGGGUGGGUUUGUUGUCGAGAGCGAGGACGAGGAAGAGGAGCCUGUCGCGCAGCCGAAGACGGCGGGUGCCUCGUUAUCGAGUGCUUCGAGCACGGCAGAAGCACCGCAGCGUUCAUUUACAAUCUCUCCAAACAAUACACUUCCCACUCCAGAUGUACAGUUACAUAGUGCACAAGAUCAGGGUCCUGCAUCCGUCUUCUCUGCUUCUGUCGCUGCCAAUGAGCCUUCUCUCUCUCUUGCUUCCACUGUUCCUAAUGGCAGUACGCCUGCCCCAGACGCUGCUGUGCCAGGUGCUCCAGACUUCUUGAACGCCGCCUCUGCGCGCCAGUCCGCAGCUCCAGCCACACCUGCUCCCACUUCUUCUUCGCUCCCGAAGCCGCGUCUUCCUCAGGACCGCAUUGGCAUCCUCGAAGAUCGCGUUGCUGAAGACCCACGUGGUGACGUCGAAGCGUGGCAGAAUCUAAUUGAGGAGCACCGCAGGCGACACAAGAACGAUGAAGCACGAGCUGUUUACGAACGCUUCUUCAAGGUUUUCCCCACAGCGGGCGAGAAGUGGAUCGAGUUCAUCCACUUCGAGACGGAGCUUGACGAACUGCAAAAGGUAGAGGUCUUGUUCGCUCGGUCUGUACCGCUAGCCCCUUAUGUCGCGCUCUAUUCGGCUUACAUCGACUUCAUUCGUCGUCGUUACAAUCUGACCACUGACUCAAACGGCACAAACCGCCAAAUCAUCACCCAAGCAUACGAGUUUGUACUUGAGCAGGUCGGCAUCGACGUGAGCGCUGGGAAGCUCUGGCUGGAUUACAUUGAGAUGCUCAAGACGGGCCCCGGCGUCCUUGGAGGCAGCAGUUGGCAAGACAUGCAGAAGAUGGACACGGUUCGAAAAGUUUAUCAACGUGCCGUUUCGAUUCCCCAUGGAGCUACAUUGGAGAUCUGGCGCGAGUACGACAGGUUCGAGAUGAACUUGAACAAGGUUACUGGUCGCAAGAACCUCCAGGAGAAGUCACCUUCAUACAUGACCGCACGAAGCGCCAUCAAUGUUCUCGACAACAACAUCACUCGAGAUGUCGACCGGACCACGAUACCGAAACUGCCGCCCGCGAACGGAUUCGACGGCCACGAGGAGUAUAUGAAACAAGUCCAGGUAUGGAAGAACUGGAUUCAAUGGGAGAAGAGCGACCCAGUUGAAUGCGCAGCCGACGACCGAGCUCUUUACAACAAGCGCGUCCUUCAUAUCUACAAAAAUGCGCUCAUCCCCCUCCGCUUUUGGCCUGAGCUGUGGUUUGAUGCCGCGGAGUGGUCUUUUGACAAUGGCUUACCAGACGAAGGUAGCAAGUUCUUGAGCGAGGGAAUUGACGCCAAUCCUGAGAGCUGCCUCCUGGCUUUCAGGAAGGCACAUCAGGUGGAGCUGCGCAAUGACUUCGAGGACGGCCAACCGGGCCUUGUUGCCAAAGGCAAGGCUGUUCGAGAGCCGUAUAUGAGGGUUCUGGACACUCUGUACGACCUUACCGACCAGACCAAGAAGCGUCAAGAGCACUCAGUUGCGCGAGCGAGAGAGGCUUUCGAAGCACAGAAAAAGGCUGACGAAAGCGCUCGGGCUAUUGCUGAGAGGAAUUCGGACGAUGUUGAUGAAGAGAAUGAAGCUGAAGCUACGAAGCGUUCAAAAGAGAAGGAUGACGCAUUCAAUGCUCAGGUGCAGGCCAUCUCUGCAGGCUACAACGCGCAAAUGCAUAUUCUUAAGAAGACUCUCACUUAUGCGUGGAUUGCUCUGAUGCGAGCCAUGCGCCGCGUACAAGGCCAAGGUACGCCCGGCGCAGACGUAUCUGGUUUCCGAGGCGUUUUUAAAGAUGCCCGAAAGAAGGGCAAGCUGCUCAGCGAGGCCUACGUCGUGAGUGCCCUCAUUGAACAUCAUUGUUAUCAAGAUCCAGCUGCCAGCAAAAUUUUCGAGCGUGGUAUGAGGCUCUUCCCAGAGGAUACACAGUUUGCAUUGGAGUACAUCAAGCACCUGAUCAAACUGAACGAUUCGACAAAUGCGCGCGCGGUGUUCGAGACCAUAGUCGGAAAAGUCAUCGCUAAGGCAGAGAACAUCGCCAAAGCAAAACCGUUGUUCCUGUUCUUCCACGAAUACGAAUCGCAGUUCGGUGAAUUGGCCCAAAUCACAAAGAUCGAGCAGCGCAUGGCUACACUGUUCCCCGAGGAUCCUCAAUUGCACCGCUUCUCACAGCGAUUUGCCGACCCGACAUUCGACCCUAUGACAGUCCGUCCGGUUAUCUCACCGAGGACUCAGAUGAGGCCAGUGAUGCCGGCAAUGCCGGGGAUGCCGGGGAUGCCAGGGAUGCCUAACAUUAUGAAUUCCAUUGAGGAGCAGCCUCUGCCCGCUGUACCACCGCAAGUCCAAGCUCAAGAGCAACGCCAUGCUUCACCCGGGCUACUCAAUUCACCACAUCUAAACAACAUGCUUCCCGUCGUCAACUCACCAAAACGACCUCUGGAAGAUACCGACGACAACGUGCAACCUCGUAAACUCGCUCGCGGUGAGUCUCCACUCAAGGGCGCAGCAGGUCGACGCCUCGACGCAGCGCGCCGCAAUUUGGCGGCAAAUGGUAGCACGCCUGUAGGACCUCCCCAAGGUCCCGCCCCUAUUGCGAAAGAGAUCACUUUUUUGCUGAGUAUCAUUCCCUCGGCACAUACGUACAGGGAGACACGUUUCAAGCCGGAGGCUAUGGUCAACAUGCUGCGCAACAUCGCUAGUAUUCCUAUUCCCACGCUCGCGGGGCAUCAGGGUUUGCAGCCCCAGCGCUACGGCACAACACCUACGACAGCACAGCAGUUGCUGAGUAUCCAGGAAAAGUAUGGAAAUGGGGGACAUCCUGCGCCGCAUAAUGCGUGGGGGCCUUGAUAAGCUCUUGUUUCACGGAGCUGCAUAUGGUAGUUGAAAUUUAAGACGCGGCUUCAGAAGCACUGUGUGUGCAUGGCGACGCAGUGCGAGCUGCAGCAUUUGCAUGGGUUGGCGUUUAUUCUCACCUCACACAACAAAAUUCUUGGCCCAGAUCUGUAGCGGCAGGUGUAAAUCCUGGUCGAUCCAGAUCUGUGGUAUUAGUAUCGGAUUGGAAAUGUUUGACUUCGGUCUCUCAGCGUGGCGUUUGGUUCGUUGCUGUCUCGUCAGACAUCGGAGGGUCAGGCUCUUUGUAAUAU